AUGGUCAGCCAAGCUGACAACCUCUUGUCUUGCAAAAGAGUGCGCACCCUGACCGGCAAGGAGAUUGAGCUGGAUAUCGAGAACGAAUACAAGGUCGCUCAGAUCAAGGAAAAGGUGGAAGAGAAGGAGGGCAUCCCGCCGGUUCAGCAGCGUCUGAUCCACGGCGGAAAGCAAAUGACCGACGACAAGACGGCGGCCGACUAUAAUCUCGUAGCGGGCGAUACGUUGCAUCUGGUUCUUGCACUGAGGGGGGGGUGCUAA